AUGGCGCUACAAACUGAAGAAAGUCGGGGGUAUGUAACUACAAACUCAACAGGAAACGAUCUGGGCAGCCUGGAAGAAGCCGACAAUGCAGACGCUAACAUGUACGGCUCCGGACACGUUAAUCCGCUAGCGGCCUGUGACAUGGAGCAGUUCCGUCAGACAGCUGCUGCUCCUCGGGAGGAGCGGUCAGACGCAGACAGCCGUGUGGAUGACAGCACCUCUUCUGCCUGCGCCACAAUCUCAGAAACAGCCAGGGAGCUGUGCAAAGCUGUGUCCGUUUCUCUGGGACUGGCCAUGGAGUCCGCUGACACAGGAGACAUGGACGCUGCUCUCCAUGACCAAAUGCGAGGAGAGUAUUUGUUCGGAUCCCUGCCUCUGAACUGUCCCGGAGCUCAGGGGGCAGUGGCGGAGUACGCGCGCCAUGACCGGCACUCUCUGCACGGCCAGAAGCAACUGGUGGAAAUGUUCAAAAGUUCGGAGACUGACUCGCGCCUGCAACACCUCACCUCCACUCGGACAUCUGCGGAGGAGCCACACUUCGUGCUGUGCGAGGCUGAUGGCAUUACUUCAGAGGAGAUAGAUCAUCUGGACACGAUGAGUGCAGCCUCUUGUCCUUAUGCCACAACUGCGCCAAACAACUUGGCACACUUCGGACACGCAGCCGUGGAGCGACCGUGCCGAGGCUACAAGCCCCCCGACGAGGAGAGAGACUUCGGGGAAGCUAUGGAGAACAAGUUCGGGGGUUAUCAGCCAGACCAAUACAGCGUCAAAGUGAAAUGUGAGGACGGGGAAGUUGGCCGGGCUCUGUGGGACAGUAAUUACACUUUUAAUGAGAAGUACAACUCGCAGUGUUGGGGCUCCAGGCCGUGCAUGAACGCGCACAGCACAGGGGCCAACACCGCGUUCAUAUGUCAUCCAUACGACAGGAGCGCCGUGCGUCCGGAGCCAACACCCGAGCAGUGGCAACCGGGCGGGAUGAUGAGGCCGCCGUAUCCCAACUCCAACUACAUGAAGCCGGAAGUCGGUGAGUGGCUGGAUGUCGCCUACAAUGACACAAGGGUUGAGCCUGGCAGAGAGCACAUGUUCCCCAUGGAGUUCUUCUUCCCGCCACAGAGGACGUGCCUCAUCUGUUCAGACGAGGCCUCUGGCUGCCAUUACGGUGCGCUCACCUGUGGAAGCUGCAAGGUGUUCUUCAAAAGAGCAGCAGAAGUAGGCAAACAGAAAUACCUGUGCGCCAGCAAAAACGACUGCACCAUUGAUAAGCUCAGAAGGAAGAACUGUCCGUCCUGUCGGCUGAAGAAGUGUUUCGAGGCUGGGAUGACUCUCGGAGUACGUAAACUAAAGAAGAUUGGACAACAGAAAAACCAAGAAGAGGAUCAUCCUCUUCCGGAACACUCAGAGGUCAUCCAGAACCCCGCUCCUACUUCAGGCCUGAGCUACAACCCCCAGAUGGUCUUCCUCAACAUCCUGGAGUCCAUCGAACCGGAGGUGGUGAACGCAGGGCACGACUAUGGGCAGCCAGACUCCGCUGCCACCCUGCUCACCAGCCUCAACGAGCUGGGAGAGAGGCAGCUGGUCAAAGUGGUCAAAUGGGCAAAAGGGUUGCCAGGUUUUAGAAAACUCCAUGUGGACGACCAAAUGACUGUCAUUCAGCAUUCUUGGAUGGGGGUGAUGGUGUUUGCCCUGGGAUGGAGGUCCUAUAAGAACGUCAACGGCAGGAUGCUUUACUUCGCCCCGGAUCUCGUGUUCAAUGAGAAUCGGAUGCACACUUCCAGCAUGUAUGAGCACUGCAUACGGAUGAGACAUCUCUCCCAGGAGCUGCUGCUGCUGCAGAUCACUCACGAAGAGUUCCUCUGCAUGAAGGCCCUGCUACUCUUCAGCAUCCUUCCUGUUGAGGGUCUGAAGAGUCAGAAGUACUUUGAUGAGCUGCGCCUCACCUACAUCAACGAGCUCGAUCGCCUCAUUAAUUAUGGGAUGGCCAACAAUCGUUCUCAGAGGUUCUACCAGAUCACCCGACUCCUGGACUCUCUCCAGAUGACGGUAAAGAAGCUCCACCAGUUUACAUUCGACCUUUUUGUCCAGGCUCAGUCUCUCCACACGAAGGUCAGCUUUCCGGAGAUGAUCGGAGAGAUCAUCUCCGUCCACGUACCAAAGAUCCUGGCAGGUUUGGCUAAACCGAUCUUGUUUCACCAGUAGAAGGAUUUUUUUAUUUAUCAAAAAGUGACUCAUCUUUACGUAAACCUUAACGAAGGUUCUGUUUCCCCACAUCGUCAGUUUAAAGCCCUGUCCUGUAAUCAUUAUUUUGUUGUUCAAGUUGUUUGUAUUCCUUUUAGCCAUAAUUGUGAUUGUUUGUUCAGAACUGUUAAAGCUUUUAUCUGAAGCGCUGCGAGGCCUCGUCUGUUGACAGCUCCGCUUUCAGAGAUGUUACUUUAUAUAAGUCUGUGUUUCAUGAUUACAGGACACUAAAAGUAGCAGGGUUAAAAACUUUUUUCGCAUGUGACAUUAAAACACUAGACAAGGUAUUAACUUUACCAAAAGAACAAGAGAUGGCACAAAUAGCAGAUGAGAAUUGGAUAAGGAAACAAACAAAUACUUAUAGCCCUUUUACUUUCCAAAAUCUGUGCUUAAAAUUGCACACUGAUAACGAUUCAUGCCGAAUCAAGAAUAUAUCUUCUGAGUAUGUAGAUGUUGUGAACGUGAGAAAUACUCUUUCUCGUAAAUAAGCAAGACCUUUUGAGGAUGAUUUGACUGGACAUACCCAGGCAUCCCAAAAUGCAUUGCAGCUCUUCAAACUGUUCAUUAACAGAAGGCGGUGCAGACAGUUAAAAUAAAUAACCAUGAGUAAAAUAUUCAAAAAAUGCACAUCUUAACUUAAAUGAAAUAUCAAAACAUUGAAAUUGCCUUCAAAUAAUACUGGAAAAUAUUCAAUUGGGUGGAUUUGUAUUCAACUGUAACUGGGGCGGUCACACUGACAAACUGAUACAUUGACUUUAAUUAAAUGUAUUCUAUCAACAGAUUCCACAUGACUGUAUUUGGUUAGUUGAAAGCAAUAAUAUUAAGUUUAAAUAAAAAGUAUUAGGUUCAACUUAAUAUUAUUGCUUUCAACUAACCUAAUACAGUUAAGUGAAAUGUAUUUACAUAAUACAUUAAGUUAAAGUCAACGUUUCAGUUUUUCAGUGUAGUUGUUGAUAUAUGCACCUAUUUGAUGCAGAGAAGAAGAAUUGCUGCACUUUUCUACAGUGGGAACAAUCUGCUGGUAAUGGCAUACCUAAUUGUUUAUUUGUCAAACAGUAUGCACUACAUAAGGAGUGAGUAUGUAGCGUGCAGUACGUAGGUUUGGAGUUUGAACACAGCUCCAAUGCUGCCUUCAGGUGCAUCUACUCAUUUCCUGCUUAUGAAUAUGAAAGUAGUUAGUACAAUUUGGUGGGCAUUUAAGUAUGUUGGCGUAUUAGGACUACUAAGGUAACAAAAUAAAUAAAUGACAUUACGAGCUGGGGGAGAGAGAGAUAUGUCGACAGUGGAUGACCUAAUCAAAUAUACUUGUAUAUUACAAAUGUACUGCAUGUUUAUUAAAAACAUAGUGUAAUUUGAUACAUCAAUAAUGAAAUACUUGUGAUUUAAGCCCAGAAUCACCAUAUUAUCAUAGCAGUUGAGCUCAAUAGCAAUUGGCCCUGUACAGAAGAAAGAAACAUACUGAUUUGAGUUUGGUUCAGUUUCUCAGCAUCAGGAUCAACGACACAACGGACAAAUGAAAGAUGUUGCCAUGUUCCAUUAUGUUGCAGCUCCUCACCAACUCAUGUUGAUCAAAGUGACGUUUUGGUUCCUUAACCAAAAAAAACCCCCGUAAUCUCAAGUUUUCUUCUCAUAAAUAUGUGAAUUACAUUUGUAGAGAAUAUCCAAGUCUCUCAGAAUAUUACCCCCUCCCAUGGCUCAGUCAUUUAUUAAUGUUUACCUUCAGAGGCCCUAAUACGCUGUCGUUUGUAAGAGCUAAAGUGCCUUAAACACAGAAAUGAAGAUGUACCUUUAAGAUAACUGUUAUCAAGCUUUCUAAUUAAUGGACACAAUCCACUGCUGAGACAAUCAAAGAUAAGGAAGUCAAGCAUUACAAAACAAACUUGAUGUCCUGCAUCAUACUUUAAAAUGUAUGUCAACCAUCAUAUUGUCCUGCUGUGAGAAUGUACUGUAGUUUUAGUUCAACAGGUGUUAAUCCAGGAUAAAUCUACUGAGGACAGUUGAUGUCUUAAUGAGAAACUCAAAAGUGAAAUUGAAAGUUAAGGAAAACUAGGUAUGUAAUGAUACAUUACAUUAUUAUUGCCACCACUUUGACUCACAUUUUCACAUCUCACAUCUAAACAUAAUAACUGAAGAUUAAAGUCCCCUGCAGCAAUCGCACAACCCAGAUGACAUUUAUUUUAACAAUCAACACUUGAAAUGAUUGAGACACUUUUAAAUGAUGGGUUGGUAUGUAAACCAUACUUUGGUGUUUAAUAAACACCUUUAUACUUGUUUUCUUUAAACACCUUUAUUUAUAUCAAAAGUAUAAAGAGAAUACAUAUGGAACAACAUUAAGUUAUUCCCUCUAAACAAUAAAGAAACAAUGUUUGAAUUAAAAUAAAAAACUAAACUAAGCUUAGCAAGAUUUUUCAAUUCUGGUAACAUUAUUAUUCACCCAUGUCUAUGAUGCAUUGAUAACAUACUUGUACUGUAUGAUUAUAGCUAUGAGCAUUCCUAAAUAUAACAACUAUGUAAAUAAUUCAUUAUAACAACAAUCACAACGCAUAAAGCAUGAUCGUAUAAGCGUAAUGACUUAUGAGGUCAACUAUCAUAAAACGUUAUUAUUGCUUGUCACUCAUAAAUCUUUGUGUUCGGGUCUCCCGUGACCCGUUUCAAGUUAAAAUUAUAUAAUAACUACGCUGUAGUUUUUUUUAUCUCAACAAGGCUUCAUGAUAUCCUCCACAACAGCUAUAUAAACACUAAAAAACUGAUUUUGACCAUUUUAGCCAAGUCUGAAGGUCUCUAAAAAAUGUGGCCCAAUCAAGAUUCAUCUUUGACUUCAGACAGACCACUUAACAAGUUACAUGUUACAUUUUAAAUGGUACGUUGCCAUUGUUGCACUGUAUCCCCUGAACACACCGCGUGCUUACUGUCGCUUAUCCUAAAAGCUUUUCUUCUCACACUGGCAGCACAUGUGUAGAGCUGUUUGCUGACGUUAGAGCAUUAACUUAUAAAUAUGUAGAGGGUAAACUUGUUCUGGCGGACACUGUAAGCUGCUUUUAUACUUUAUUCCUCCACUGCACAGCUACAAUAAAAUAAGCAAUUUUGCAGAUCUGGCCAAAAAGAUAUCAUGCCUUUUUGGUUUUAAUUGUGCAUUGAAUAGGUAUCAAACCUCCAUUCAGACUCUUUUGCAGCUUCUUUAAAGCUCAUUAAGGCAAAGGACUAAAGUUGUGUCCACUCAGUCAGCGGACAGAGCUAUCCUUAACUGACAGCACGGAGUGACGCGUCCUGCUGUGUGUAGCAGCAGAGACUUGCAGACACACAAUGAGAAGUGGAUUCAAAGUGCCUGCGAUAUUAGAUUAGGGCAGUCAUUUUCCAACAGGACAACAAAUAGAAACGUGCAGCCAAAGUAGAACUGGAAGGGCUUCUGAUGCACAAUCUGAAAGGUCCUUGAAUAGCCCUGCCAACGCUUGGAGUUCAGAACCAAGGGAAACAAUCUGUGGAAUGCCUUGAAGAUAACUCAAAAACACUUGAGUAAAACUGUUGAAAAGCAUUCAGUCAUGGAGCCGAAGCAUUCAGUCAUGGAGCCGAAGCAUUCAGUCAUGGAGCCGAAGCAUUCAGUCAUGGAGCCGAAUUCACUUUUAGUUUUUUAUUUAAAGUGGACCUAUCAUGCUAUAUUUGAAUAAUAUAGUGUAGGACCAUACCUAUAUAA